UCCACCACCACCACCACUCACAGUUCUAGCCCUCAUGGCUGCAGAGGAAAAACUCUGGCUUCAGCAUGCGCUAGACUAGAGGCCCAAAACCACCCAGCAGGUUAAUCAGAGGAACUCCAAACUCAUGAUUUGAAAUGCCCUGAUCCUUAAGCCAAUCUCCCGCUCUUUGGGGCUCGCCUCGUGAUUUUUUAAACGCUUGAGGUUAGCGCUCCUGAGACUCCCGCGUGGCUCUCAAAUACCGAACGCCUUUCCUUUAUUCUCUGCCACUUUCACCUGCCGGGUUAAGGUUUUAUAGGCAACUGCAAAAAUUAACCAGGCUGCAAAGAUUUCAGCCAAGAAUCCACUUCUUCACCGGAGGACGUUAAUGUCACAAGAACAGGGUGAGGUCUCUCAAGGCUAAAGCGCCCUUCACAGCACCAUCAAGGUUUGUUUGCUACCAUCCCUGCACGGAGAGACAGCUCGCCCAGGCGUUCAGUCUCCACAUACAACUAAUUUAACCGGAGACCACCAAAUCGGAGCUUUAGGUCACUUCCAACCAGGGCUGAAUCCAACUCUUUGACCCAGCGAUGAAAAGCGCCAGGUCCCUUUCCGGUCGCUCCUAAGCUUGUCCCGAAGAGAUCUAGUGACAUCUGCUGGCCGGCGCUCUCAGCUCCCUCUUCCCCUGAGGGAUUUGGAAUUUCAAAUCCAAUUCCUCAAACCCUCCUCCCUGAGCCUCCCUUUCCUAGCAAAGGCCGCCAGAACGGUUCUCAGCCGCCGUGGACGCACAUCACCCACCAGUGAAAUGCAGCCCCCUCUGGGCUGGAAACAGCCGCUGUUUCAAAGGGAAACUGUCAAGGUGAUAUUUGGCCCCAAAAAUAUUGGGGGGGGGGGUUUCCUAAAAAGCCACUUUUAUAAGCAAUUCCAAAGGACGCAAUUUUAAACAAACUUUGUGUUUGCAGGGGCCCUCCGGGGCCAGUCCACACAACACUGCAACAAGGGCUCCUGCAGUGACACUGACUAGAAACCGACAUGAAACUGACACAACUCAGGAAACAGCUGGAUAAACCUGGCACCUGGGUCACCCGGGGCAGGCGUGGAGAAGGUCUCGCAGGCGGGCUGCCAGCGCUGGGAUCUGCUUCCCGAAGCCUGGCUCUGGCAAUGAAAACUGCCGCAUCGCACCGGUGAAAUCUGGACAUUCGGGCUGGUAUUUGAGGUCGCAGGGACCACCAGCCUUUCCCAGAUCCAGCGUCUGGGGCCUUCUCCAUGACCUCUCGCUGCUCACCUGACCCCAAGGCAGGGGUCACUAUCUCUGCGGAUGGUUUUGAGCAGCCUCGCACACGCGCGAGGCAGCAUCCCACCGGGCGGCUCCGUUUAGCCAGGCAGGCUCGGGCCCCCCGCAGCAUGCACCCCCCAGGCAAUGCAGAACCAGCCCCCCGAUGUGCCCAGACCCCGGCGGAGCCAGAGGCAGUGAGAGCGGGAGGGUCCCGGACGCCGAGCCGGCCACGGCUGGCACAGGGUUUGCGGCGCGCUCUGACCGGGGCAGUUCGCGCCGAGGAGCCCGCCCAGGCAGUGCCCAGAGCCGCUCCCCGCGCCGGAGGCCCAGCUCCGUGGGACAGAGGGGAAGGGAAUCGGUGCUGCAGCUUUCCCAAUGGCUCGGGGGAGCCUGAGAACCGCUCGGUAGCGCUCCCGCUCGCUCGACACCCCAGGCCAGCCUCUGGCACCCCGAUGGCCGAAAGCCGCUGGAUGGAGGAAGAGGGGUCUCUCUUCAAGGGGCUGCCCCCGCUACCUAAAGCGCUCCGCACCCCCCCCACACAUGGCCCUCUGGCGGCAGGGGAGCGCCAGCAGGCGCUAGACGCGCGUGGGACAAGCAGCCAAAGGGACAGCGCUCUGGGCUCCAGCCUCCAGGCCAGGCUCUUGUGGGUGCGGAAGGAGCUGCUCAGCCUGCAGGAGACCGACCUGGCGCUUCUCCGGCAACUGGACUCCAGCGCCCAGGAGAUCCAAGACCUGCGGGACCUGCAGCUGGAGAUGGAAGAGUUCUUUGGCGAAGGGGAGCCGCUGGGACCAGCCACCUCCUCCCACUGGCAUCUCUGCCCCUUGAAACUGAGCGGUGGGAUGGAGGGGAAGGCCUUAUAAACCAAGCGGGUGAAAGAGCUGAUUGGCUAGAUGAACCGUCAAUAGCCUAGAUGCAGGGGAGGGACUUCCCUUCUCCACAAAGGGUUCUGGGGAGGGAAGCCCUUUAUAUAACCCGUGCUGGGCCCGCCUACGGAGUGGGCAUUACUGGGAUGGACAGGACCUGUAGGAUGGAAGAUUCUGGGCCUGUUAUGAGCUAUCCGGGGCACUUUGGACGGGGAAAUGGACGGAUGGGAUGAGAGGGAGAAGGAGCCCAUCGUGUUCUUUGGUUUGGGGUUUUGUUCCCUCCCACCCCCCGCCACUUUCAAAUACAAUGUGUUGGUCCUUU